AAACACACUCCCUUUCCUCUUCAGUAGAUGCUUCCUCUUUUCUGUAUAAAGGAGACAACGGUUCUUCUUUCCUCUCUAAAGGAGAUAACGGAGGAUCUACACUCUCUCGGCUCUUAUGGCUCCAUUUCUGUUCAUGUUGUUAUUUCUCUCUGGAGCAGCUUCAGGCCUGAUUGAGGUAACAGUGCACCCUGGAGAUGACGUCACUCUGCAAUGUCAGUCUGAUGAUACCUCCAUCAGUGAUGUAAAGUGGACCAGACCUGACCUGAAGCCAGAUACCGUCCUCUAUUACAGUGAUGGUCACUUGAAUACAACCCACCAGAAUCCAUCCUUUAAGGACAGGGUGGAGCUGGUGGACAGAGAGCUGAAGGACGGAAAAGUGCCUUUAACUCUAAAGAAUGUGAGCAGACACGAUGCUGGAACGUACGAGUGUCGAGUUAAACCAGCUGAUACUAACCAAAUCAGACUCAUCAGCACCAUCCGUCUGCUGGUUCCAGACCUGAUGGUGGUAACAGUGCACCCUGGAGAUGAUGUCAUUCUGCCAUGUCAGGCUGCUGAUUCCUCCAUCAGAGCUGUAGAGUGGACCAGACCUGACCUGAAGCCAACAGAGUACGUCCUCUAUUACAGCGAUAGACACCUGGAUCCAACCUACCAGCAUCCAUCCUUUAAGGACAGGGUGGAGCUGGUGGACAGAGAUCUGAAGGACGGAGACGUGUCUUUAACUCUGAAGAAUGUGAGCAGACACGAUGCUGGAACAUACAAGUGUCGAGUUAAAUCUGCUGUUAGUAACCAUAUCAGACUCAUCAGCACCAUCUGUCUGCAGGUUCCAGACCUGGUUGUGGUACCAGUGCCUGGAGAUGAUGUCAUUCUGCCAUGUCAGGCUGAUGAUUCCUCCAUCAUAGCUGUAGAGUGGACCAGACCUGACCUGGAGCCAGAGUACGUCCUCUUAUACAGAGAUGGACACCUGGAUCCAACCCACCAGCAUCCGUCCUUUAAGGACAGGGUGGAGCUGGUGGACAGAGAUCUGAAGGACGGAGACGUGUCUUUAACUCUGAAGAAUGUGAGCAGACACGAUGCUGGAACAUACAAGUGUCGAGUUAAAUCUGCUGUUAGUAACCAUAUCAGACUCAUCAGCACCAUCUGUCUGCAGGUUCCAGACCUGGUUGUGGUACCAGUGCCUGGAGAUGAUGUCAUUCUGCCAUGUCAGGCUGAUGAUUCCUCCAUCAUAGCUGUAGAGUGGACCAGACCUGACCUGGAGCCAGAGUACGUCCUCUUAUACAGAGAUGGACACCUGGAGACAGACCACCAGCAUCCGUCCUUUAAGGACAGGGUGGAGCUGGUGGACAGAGAUCUGAAGGACGGAGACGUGUCUUUAAUUCUGAAGAAUGUGAACAGCAUCGACAACGGGACAUAUGAGUGUCGAGUUAAACCAGCUGGUUCAAGACGGGAAAGAAGAGCCAUCAUUGACUCUAAGCCAAUCAGAAUCAUCCGUCUGCAGGUUCCAGAGCCAGCAGGUUCUAACAGAGGACACUCUGAGGAUGGAAACUCCUCUCCUGUAGUCCUCAUCGUUGGACUGGUAGCAGGUGUUCUGGUUCUUGUAGCUGCUGCAGUGGUUGGUGUCCUGAUGUAUAGAAGACGUAAGAACAAGAGAUCAGGACAACCUGCUGAUGAUGAUGAAGCAUCAGCCGAUACUCUCGUCUGACAACUCCCAGAGCUCUUGACACCUGACUGCUU